UGGUAUUUGUAUCAUAGGAUUUAUAUACUUAAUUGCUUGGUGAGAUCCCUUGAUUGUGCUAAAGGAUGUCACUGAAACCAAAACGAGUUAAUUUUAAGCAAACAUGGAAUGUGUUGCAAGAAACUGUAAAGUGUAUAAUAACUUUGUCAAAUGUUCCACGUGCAACAUGGAAUGACAGAUUCAGCGAUGUCUAUUCUCUGUGCGUGGCUUAUCCAGAACCACUUGCAAAUGAAUUGUACGACGAAACCAAGAAGUUUUUAGAAAAACAUGUCUUCCAGUUGUUAACUACAGUCUGUGCCCAGGGUGAAUCUGGUCUGCUGCAGGCAUACCAUCGUGCUUGGUGUGAAUAUUCGCAGGGCAUCAACUACUUGCACCGAUUGUAUUUAUACUUAAACCAGCAGCACAUUAAGAAACAAAAGUUUUCGGAAGCAGAGCUUAUCUAUGGCACUUCUUCCACCAUGACUGCUGAUUACCAAGAACAGAUGGAGAUAGGGGAGCUAGGUUUAGAUAUCUGGAAGAAGAGAAUGAUCACGCCAUUAAAGAAACAAUUAGCAUCUCAACUGUUAGAAUGUAUUCACGCAGACAGAGUGGGUAAAGCUCAGGUGGCAAGUACAGAAGUUAUUUGGGGUGUUAUACAUAGUUUUGUUCGAGUCGAAGAGUACAAGUUGGUGGGACAACUGAAUAUGUACCAAACGAUAUUCGAGACACCCUUCCUUGAAGCUAGCGGACACUUUUAUAUGAAAGAAGCAUUCAUGCUACGACAACAGUCCGACAUAACGCAUUACAUGGAAAAAGUUACGUCUCAACUUAUCCAGGAGGAACUUCGCGCUCAUAAGUUCCUUCAUGCGAGUUCUGUGCCUAAAGUAAGACAGUGCUGUGAAGAGAAGAUGAUAGCAACGUACGUAACCUGGCUUCACACGGAAGCAGAAACUAUGAUAGAGAACGAACGUAGAAGGGAUCUGUCCCUCUUAUAUCCGUUGUUAAGGCCAUUGCCUGCCGGCUUGGCUCCUCUUGUACAAAAACUUACUGACCAUAUUACUCAGCAAGGAUUGAAAGCCAUUGGAAAUUUACAAGGAGAGAAUGUACACACGCAAUUUGUCGAAAGCAUGUUGGAUGUGCAUCAAAAAUAUUCCGAGUUGAUUAAGGACGUGUUCAAAGCUGACUUAACGUUCGUGGCUGCACUCGAUAAGGCUUGUUCGGCGGUAGUGAAUCAUAGAUCAGCUCCACGGCAACCAGCGAGAGCACCUGAAUUACUGGCUAAAUACUGCGACUCCUUGUUGAGAAAAUCAGCCAAGGCCGCGUCGGAAGUGGAAGUCGAGGAUAAACUGGGACGCUGCAUCACCGUGUUCAAAUAUGUCGACGACAAGGAUGUCUUUCAAAAGUUUUACGCUCGUAUGCUGGCGAAGCGAUUGAUCCAUCAACAGUCACAGUCGAUGGACGCGGAGGAAUCGAUGAUCGACCGUCUGAAACAAGCUUGCGGAUACGAGUUCACGAACAAGCUUCACAGAAUGUUCACCGACAUGUCGGUGUCAGCGGACUUGAACGCAAAGUUCGCCGCUAGUUUACGGGAAGGCGAGAGGGAGAACCAAUUAGGCAUAGGUUUUCUAGUAUACGUGUUACAAGCGGGUGCGUGGCCUUUGGCUCUGCCGCCGUCCCCAGGACCGUUUCACAUCCCUCAACAGUUGGAAAAGUCUAUACAGGCGUUUGAAACGUUCUACCAUGCACAAUUCAGCGGCCGGAAGCUUACCUGGUUGCAUCAUCUUUGCCAGGGCGAGCUGAAGUUCAAUUACUUGAAGAAGCCUUAUCUGGUGAUCGCGCAAACGUACCAAAUGGCGUUGUUACUUCUGUUCGAGCACUGUGACGCGAUACAGUGCCGGGAGGCUGCGGCGUCGUUGCAUUUGUCGCACGAUCAGCUGGUCAAGCACGCGGCUAGUUUGGUAGAUAGUAAAAUUUUAAUGAAAUCGACGGAUGGAGAACUGGAGGAGGAUACCGUCCUGACGCUCAAUUUCGAUUAUUCCAAUAAGAGAACGAAAUUCCGUAUAACGGGCGCGAUGCAUCGGGACGUGCCGCGUGAGAAUCACGAAACAGAGGCCACGCAUCGCAGCGUCGACGAAGACAGAAAAUUGUACCUGCACGCAGCUAUAGUCCGUAUCAUGAAGUGUCGUAAGGUUCUGAGACACAAUCAACUGAUACAAGAGGUACUAAGCCAACCUAAGAUAACAUUUGCUCCCUCGAUUGCCAUGAUCAAAAAAUGUAUCGAAACCCUCAUAGAUAAGCAGUAUAUCGAGCGUACACCGAAUAAUGCAGAUGAGUAUUCGUACAUCGCAUAAUUUCAAUGUACCAUCUGUCACUGAUCAUUAAUUUAUUUCGUUUGGGAUGCUCCGAUUGAUCGUUCGCAACACUAUAUUAAACUUUUGCUAACAACCGAAUGAAAAACACGUAUCCACCGUAUAGGGGUUUCUUAAAAGAUUAUUUGGAGAGAGAAAAAAAAAAAGAACGAGAGAACUUGUCGAUGAUACUCUCUGAAAAGAAUCUCUUUUAAUCGAAGGAUCACAGGAAGCAUCCUGAAUUGCUUACUUGCUCCUAAAAAUCGACCGAUUAAAUAACUUAGUUGAUUCAAUGAUUUGUAAUAUAUGCACACCGAAAUAAAGCUAACGUUACUAUUUUACGUUGGGACGAUCGCCUUCUAUCGGUUGCCCACGGAUGGAAAUUUAAUUAUGAUUUGUUCUUGUAAAUAUACAAUUAUCAUCGCUUAUUCUGGGAUUCAUUG